GUUUCAUUCUAGUCGGCAUUGCUUGAACAUCGCGAAUUCAAGUGAAGGUCCAAAAAGAGAAAAAAAAAAAUAGAAAACAGAAAAUAGAAAACACAUGCAAUCAUGCUAACAAAAUCUCUAAAUCGAUUAAUCAGUGCUCCGACCCCAACACAAUUCCGCGUUAAUCACCUAUUACGUCGAUUGAUUAGUGCCACCGUGGAAAACGAUAAAUUCGUUGUGGUGCAGCCAGACGGGAGCUCUGCCCCAACCACCAACACCACGACCACAUCCCAACCUCUAAAGUUCCCCAGUGUUUGGUUACGUGAUAAUUGUAACUGUACACAAUGUUUUCAUCCCACUUCAAAGUCACGUAAACAUGACUGGGAUAAAUUUGAUGUCAAUGUUCGCGUCGAGAAGUUACAAACAAAUGAGCAAACCCAACAAUUGAUUAUCGACUGGAGUGAUAAACAUCAAUCGGUGUACGAUUUGAAAUGGUUGCAGGAACGUGCCUUCGACGAUAAGCGACGUCAGGAGUAUUUGGAUGAUUUCUAUCGGCCAAAACCAAAGCAUUGGCGUGGUGCUGAAUUUAAUCAAAUUAAUCAGAUUUUCGAUUUUAAGGAUGUUAUUAGCAGCGAUGAAGCCCUUAAAAAUUGGCUUGAGGCCCUGGCCGUUUAUGGUGUGGCCAUAAUAAGAGAUUCGCCUAUCGAUAAAACUGUGGUGCGGCAAUUAGCGGAGCGUGUUGGUUUCAUACGACGCACGACAUAUGGUGAGGAGUUUAUUGUGCAAAAUAAACCAGGUGCCAAGAAUGUUGCCUAUCUUUCGGAUCCACUGCCAUUACACACCGACUUACCCUACUAUGAAUACAAACCUAGCUGCAAUAUUUUACACUGCAUGGUGCAAUCGCAAUCUCAGGGUGGCAGUAAUCUUUUGGUCGACGGUUUUCACAUUGCCGAUCGCAUGAAAGCAGAGCACCCAGAGGAUUACAAGAUUUUAGCGGAGACCCUGGUGGAUUGGAAUGACAUUGGCAGUGAGGAGGGCAAACAUUUCCAUAACAUUUGGCGUGCUCCGGUCAUAUGUUUAGACAAUGACGGAAAUUAUACGCGUAUAAAUCACAGUAUACCUCAACGUGACAGCCAUUUUUCGGUGGCACUGGAUACAGUCAUACCCUGGUACGAAGCCUAUGCCAAAUUCGUACGUUUGGCUCGUGAAGACGCCCACUCGUUCAAGACAAAAGCCGGUGACGUUCUGACAUUUAAUAAUAUUCGUCUGUUGCACGGUCGCACUGGCUACGAUGACACCGAUAACAAUGUGCGGUAUAUUGUUGGUGCUUAUUUGGACUGGGACAUAAUUUAUUCCAAACUGAGGGUAUUGAAAUCGUCGGCAGCAGCAUCAUCAUCAUCCUGCUCCUCCUAGUCGUAACAUGGUGGAAAUUGAGAAAGUAGACAGUAGCGGCAGCAGCUAUCAAUGUUCACUUCAGCCGAUUCACGACGGAUACUAAAAAGUCAUUUGCAAGUUUAUGACACUGACAGCCUCCGACAAAAAACAGUUUUGAAAUUUAUUGAUUAUUCUUUGGUUUUAAGUUUAAAUAAAAGAAAGUCUGUAUAAAUUUUA